AUGACGAAAAGGAAGGCCAAGAAGAAACCCACGGCGACACCGGAACCGGAUUCACCGCAAGACGCUUCAGGGUCUUUUCAACCAGAUCUACGUCUUCCGCCACGAUUAUUUGCGACAGAUCGAUUCCCAACAAAGCGUCUUAACAUCUACUCCUCACCGGAGAUCCUCCCCUUCCUUCGUCAUGUUCUUAGAGACACCAAGGAGUUCCAAAUAAUUCGAGAGUCUUGUUUCGGAAAGCUUUUCGACAUACCAGCCCGUCAAUGUCCAGUAUCUGCUAAGCUAAUUCACUCGUUUCUCACUCGCCAGCUUAUCUGUCUACCCAAAAAUACGCUUUGGUCUGUUUUUGGUGGGAACCCUCUCCGCUAUGGUCUUCAAGAGUUUGGGACUGUGACUGGUCUGAAUUGCGCCUCUUUCCCUGAAGGAUAUCACCCCGACACCGUAAAGCCAGUUGUUGCGGGGAAAGACGAAGUCUGGAAGAGACUGUUUGGGAAGAAGACGAUGGUAACGAUUGCCGAACUUUGUCUGAUGCUUGAAGAGGAUAAGAAGAUGGAUCAUUGGAAGAAGAUACGUAUAGCUUUAAUCAUCAUUGUCGACGGUGUUCUCAUUGCUCACAAACAACAAGCACGUGCCACUCCUCGAUAUGUCAAGAUGCUUAAAAACCUCAAAACUUUCUUUGCCUUUCCUUGGGGCAGAGAAUCAUUCAUGAAGACCAUCUCAUGCAUGAAACCACCCAAACCAUCUUUCAAAAACGGCAACGAUCCUGUUUCUUGGCUUGUUCGAAAGCUCAAACAAGACUCUUUCAGACUUCAAGGCUUCCCUUUGACACUUCAAUUGGUGGCAUUUCGCGCCAUCCCCCAGCUGUUAUCUUUCAUUCCUGCUCAACCCGACCAGCGCACACUCAUGGACUUAGAAGAUGGUUAUCUACCACAACACAAAUCCAUCGAUUCUAUCAGUAUCCGCCGUGUUGAAUUCUCCUCGGAUCUUGCUGUCUCACCGAUUAUACCUAUUGAAAGCCAACCGCAGUCUGGCUGGGGAGAGUGGCCCAACGACCCCAAGGAUGACUGUGUAAUAUACAUGGAAUAA